GAAAGGGGUGAGGCUCCGGCACCUGCGACUCUAGAAAUUUUCUAAGCCUAAAACCCUCUCUCUCUCUCUCUCUCUCCCCGGUUUCAGUUGAUAUUUUGAAGCCCCAAAGCCCUUUUAAAAAAAAAAAAGGAAACUGAUAAUUUGCUAUCGAAAAGAAGGGAACUUAAAUGGAGCUGGCUUGUGCUUCUGUGCAGGCUUCAUGCUCUCUAACAAUACCGGCUUCUUCAACCACCUCUCGACGUCGGUCGCCUUCUCUCUCCUUCUACAGAUAUUCAUUUCCAAACCCUAUCAUCUCUUCUAAACUUAAUAGUAAUAAAUUAUCAGCUAAUUCAUUCAGGCGCCGAAAUCCCUCUCUUGUUGCUGCUGUUGAUGGCGCAACUACAGUACCCAGUGAUUGUAAUGGUGAGAAAUUGUCGUUUUCUUAUUCGUCUGAACCAACAGCUAUCAAUGAUGACGGAAAAGAUGGUGUUGAUGAUGGUAAAAUGGCGAGUGUAUGUAAUAAAUUAAUUGAGGUUUUCAUGGUCGACAAGCCAACUCCAAAUGACUGGAGAAAGUUACUGGCUUUUAGUAAGGAAUGGGACAAUUUACGGCCUCAUUUCUACAAGCGGUGUCAGGAACGAGCGGAUUGUGAGGAUGAUCCUGGGAAGAAGCAUAAUUUACUUAGGUUUGCAAGGAAAUUGAAAGAGAUCGAUGAAGAUGUGCAAAGGCAUAAUGAACUUCUUGGGGUGAUCAAGGCGGCACCAUCCGAGUUGACUGAAAUUGUUGCCAAGCGUCGUAAAGACUUCACUAAAGAAUUUUUUGUGCAUCUUUACACCGUAGCACAAUCCUACCAUGACAAUCCAAGUGAGCAAAAUGCCUUGGCAAAGCUUGGAAAUGACUGUGUGGCUACUGUACAAGCUUAUGAUUGUGCAACAGAAAACAUGGAAGCAUUGAAUGCUGCAGAGCUGAAGCUCCAAGACAUCAUCAAUUCUCCUUCCUUGGAUGCAGCUUGCAAGAAGAUAGAUGAUUUGGCUGAAAAAAAUCAAUUUGAUUCAGCAUUGGUCCUGAUGAUCACAAAAGCAUGGUCAGCCGCUAAAGAGUCCAACAUGACGAAAGAUGAGGUCAAGGAUAUACUGUAUCAUCUGUACAAGACAGCUAUAGGUAAUCUUCAGAGGAAUGUGCCUAAGGACAUUAGAAUUCUAAAAUAUCUUCUUACAGUUGAGGAUCCUGAAGAACGGUUGUGUGCCUUAAACGAUGCAUUUACCCCAGGAGAAGAACUUGAAGGGAAGGAUGUGGACUCCCUAUACACGACCCCUGAAAAACUACACACCUGGAUCAAAGCUAUGGUGGAUGCUUACCAUUUAAGUCAAGAUGGCACACUCAUGAGGGAGGCCAGAGAUCUGAUGAACCCAAAGAUCAUAAAAAAGAUGGAGGAAUUGAAGAAGUUAGUUGAAGACCAUUUCAUGUGAUGAAGAGUUGAGGGGUACAUUCCGGUAGCAAUUAUAUAUAUUCCCCGGUCCGGAUUCUUGAAAGUCUUUCUACGUGAUUGUGGACAUGAAAGUGAACCGACCUUUUGUACAAGGAAGUGAACCUUGAUUAGCGUUGUCAAGCACCCCAUAUAGCAUGGUUGUUGAAACACAAUAGCUCUUAGGACAGUUGUAAACCACUUUCUAAAUAUUUUUCAUGUUAAUUUAUUAUUAGAAAUUAGCCA